UAUCAUCCGGUUGACUUCAUUAAUACACUUAGUAAAUCAGUAAAUUUAAAAGAAAUGUGUGGAUGACCUGUUAUAUUCGUUCCUGAAUGAAAUAUAACUGAAAAACAUUAAAAUGGCUUUAAGUAAAUAUAGUAUUAAUGGUGCAUUUCGGGUGAUUUCUCAGUGUUUAUCGAAUCAAAGACUGAUAUUACAUAAAUCUAAACAUACUCAGCCAAAAUUUCCUGGUGCUACGACAUCAUGGACACAAAAGCUACAAUUUACAGAACAAAAUUCGUACGCGCCAAUACCAGUUUACCGAGUGAUGGAUUCAAAAGGAAAUAUUUUAGAUCCUGCGGAAGAACCACAGUUAUCUAACGAAUUGUUAUUAAAAAUGUAUCAUGACAUGAGUCUGUUGAAUGUUAUGGAUAAAAUAUUAUACGAAUCUCAAAGACAGGGGAGAAUAUCUUUUUAUAUGACGAAUUACGGAGAAGAAGCUACACACAUUGGAAGUGCCGCGGCAUUAAAUAUCGAAGAUUGGGUGUAUGGGCAAUAUCGAGAAGCUGGUGUGUUAUUGUAUAGAGGUUUUAGCUUGCAAGAAUUUGUAGAUCAAUGUUAUGGAAACAUCGACGAUGUAGGACAAGGGAAACAAAUGCCGGUGCAUUACGGUAGCAGAAAAUUAAAUUUUGUUACAAUUUCUAGUCCUCUUGCAACCCAAAUGCCCCAAGCAGUAGGUUCUGCAUAUGCGAUGAAAGGAACAAACAGAGUUGUAAUUUGUUAUUUUGGAGAUGGCAGCGCUUCAGAAGGCGAUGCCCAUGCUGCAUUUAAUUUUUCCGCUACCCUUGAAUGUCCGGUAAUAUUCUUUUGUAGAAAUAAUGGUUAUGCCAUAUCAACGCCGGUAGAGGAACAGUACAGAGGAGAUGGUAUAGCCAGUAAAGGACCAUCGUAUGGUAUUCAUACACUGCGAGUAGAUGGUAAUGAUGUGUUAGCGGUUUACAAAGCUACCCAAUUGGCUAGGGAAUACGCUACCAAGGAAAAUAAACCUGUUUUAAUCGAAGCAUUAACUUAUAGAGUUGGUGAUCAUUCAACAUCGGAUGACAGUUCUGCAUAUAGAUCACAAGACGAGGUUUUAGACUGGGCUAAUAACGACUAUCCAACUAAGAAAUUUAGAUUAUAUCUAGAAUCUAAAGGAUUGUGGGAUGAAGAUAAAGAAAAACAAUUUUUACAAAAAUCAAGAAAAGACGUCCUCUUAGCUUUUAAUGCAGGAGAGAAGAAACUUAAACCUAAAUGGUCAGAAAUGUAUAAUGAUGUUUAUAAAUUUAUACCUAUUCACAUCCAGAAACAAAAAGCCGACAUGAAGAAACACUUAGAAAAUUAUAAGGAAAAGUACCCUUUGAAAUCGUUCAGUAAUUAAUAUUGUUAAUACAAAUUUCUUUAGCAAUAUACCAUUUUUUUAUGUUAUAAAAUAAAUUUAAACGAGAC